AUGAAGGCUCUAUUCCUGCUUGUCAUUCUCCUGGCCGUCCAGCCAGUGGUAUCAGGUAGACAACACACCCUCCGAUGCAUGGGCAACACGGGAAUCUGUAGAGCAUCUUGCAGAAAGGCUGAGCAUCCCUACCUCUAUUGCAGAAAUUAUAAAACAUGCUGCCUCCAACCCUACAUGAAGAUAAACCUUUUCAGCAAAGAGGACAAACGUGAAUGGAGCAGAGAGACCCGCUGGCCAAAAAUAUCCUGAGAGCUGGUGAUCGCCAUCCUCAGCCUGCUGUUAAUACCCCUCAUUAAAAGUCAUGCACCUGA